AUGUGGCCGAAUGCCAGCCGGGCACGUGCGUUCUUUCUUUCUUUCUUUCUUUCUUUCUUUCUUUCUUUCUUUCUUUUCUUUUUCUUUUCUUUUUUGGAGGAUAGAUUUUUUACUAUGGAGGAUAGAUAUUUUAUAUGUGAACAAACAACCUCUCGUGAAUUACUCGACCGGUGGUGGGUUGGGGGGGGGGUUAUUAAAUGGGAUUGCGUACUAAAGUGCGUUUUCUUUCUUUCUUUCUUUCUUUCUUUCUUUCUUUCUUUCUUUCUUUCUUUCUUUCUUUCGGCAAUUUUUUCUUCUUGUUCAGUCUUCUUUUUAGAUUCUUCUUCUUCGUCGUCAUCUACUAAUAAUUUUCUCGGUCUUCUUGCUUUUUCCGUUGUUACUACUACUACUACUACUACUGCUGCUACUGCUACUACUACUACUACUGCCUAUGUUUCUUCCCAUUGUUCUACUACUACUUAUACUGAUGUUCUUCUGAUAUUACUACUACUACUUCCCUUCUACUUCUAA